AAUAUUAUCUCUUCUAGUCAGGCAUGACACCAAUGUACCGUCAACGUUCUUGGAGUCUUACCUGCAUUUUGAGAUGUGGUUUUCCGGACUGUCGUUCUUCUUACUAGAAACCCGGAUUUCUCAUUUUUUGGUUUUAAAUUAGAUACAGCUAAGAACCCAUUUGGCUUUUGAAAACCCUUGUCUUUGUGACUAGUGUCAUUCCAUCAGUGUGUCUUAGUGGGUACUAGUACCUUAUAAUCAGAGUUCAUUCUGUGGGCAAUUAAUGCGGAUUUUGGUGGUUUCCUUCAUGAUCUGUUCUUCUAUGUUAAGUAUCUUGUCAAUAUCUGAUGGAUGGCAAUACUUGCUGCAUUUAAUGCCGUUUCAGUGAAUUUUCAACUGUUGUCUAUAGAGUACAAACUCAUUCCCAUACUGUGUCUACUCUCUGCCCGGAGCAAAUUGGUGUUUGAUGAUUUGCCUCUUUGGCUCUCUUUUUGUUGAGUAAUGUUGUAGACUCUUUGGAGCCCUUGCUUUGUCUAAUUUCUAAAAGCUCAGCAGUUCAUCCCAACCUUGAAAGAGAUUGGUAAUAAUAUCUAGACAAGGAAAUGGGACAACAGGAGGGCCAUGAUGAAGCAAGCAAUACCCAAGCCUCAAACUGCCAAGUUAAGAACACAUUAAAGCAAGAGCAGAUUACACUCCUUCAAGAACAAUUGCAUGAUCAAUUUGUGAUAAGGUGUGCAUUAGAGAAGGCGCUGAGUUUCAAUCCCUUUUCCUGUGACAUUGCAGUUGAAAAAUCAGUCCCUAAGGCUGCCAAGGAACUGAUCGAGGAAAUUUUAGUUCUAGAAUGGGAAGUUGUCUACUUGGAAAAGUAUCUUCUAUCUUUGUACCGGCAAGCUCUUGAUCCAAGAAUCUCAUCCCUGUCAACCAUUGAUGAAAAACUAAAAGCCACUUCUAUGGAACAUGAAGAGAUGUUUCCAGAGAAUCCUGGACAAGACAUCAUAUCAGAGAAAGAAAAUCCAUCUAUCCUAUCUAGUGGUCUUAUGUCCUCUUCAACCGGGCAUUCUUUUAGAGAAUUUGAUGACAUUUCAGGGUCUCAAAAACUAUUGGAUUCUAGCAUUUGUCGAAGUCACUCAUCACUGUCCCACCGUUCAGCAUGUUCAGUUAGAAAAGACAUAGAUUCCAACUCCCUGACUUUGUCAAUGUUGGAGCAAGCUCAUAUAGAUGCUGCAAAUGAGCAUUUUGAGACCAGCAUUCCUGACCAGGUUCUGGGAACACCAAACUUCCUCUCUGAGGAGAUGAUCAAGUGCAUUUCAGCCAUAUAUUGUAAACUUGCAGAUCCACCUUUGAUCAACCAUGAUCACUUGUUGUCUCCUAUUUUAUAUUCAUCAGAUUUAAUUUCUUCUCAAGGACAGCGAGAUAUAGGAAGCCUGGAUAGCAGGGGAUUUUCAUCCUUAAAAUCACAUUGUCAAAAUCCUUUCAGCAUUGGGAAGUCCAUGGAAUUGAGUGGAGCUUACUGCACAAUGGCAAAGGUUCAGUGGAUUUGCCGAGAUGGUAAGAAGCUAAAGGAUAUUGAACCUAAGGUGCAACAUUAUAAGUCACUUGUCUAUCAGUUGGAAGAAGUUGACCUUAGAAGGAUGGAAUAUAAGGAAAAGCUUGCUUUCUGGAUUAAUGUGCACAAUUCGUUGGUGAUGCAUGCAUUUUUGGUUUAUGGGAUUCCAAAAAACAAUCUGAAAAGAAUAUCCUUGUCACUCAAGGCAGCAUAUAACAUAGGGGGCCAAAUCAUAAAUGUUGACAUCAUACAGAGUUCUAUUUUAGGUUGUCGAUUGCCUUGUCCUGGACAGUGGCUGCGGUUUUUGUUUCCUUCAAAGACAAGAGUUAAGAUUGGAGAUACGCGAAGAGCAUAUGCAAUUGAGCACCCAGAACCUCUUUUAUAUUUUGCACUUUGUUCAGGAAGUUGUUCUGAUCCAGCGGUCCGCAUAUACACUUCAAAGAAAGUGUUCCAGGAACUAGAAGCUGCAAAAGAAGAAUACAUUCAGUCAAAUUUUAGUUUCAACAAGGACAAGAAAAUUUUGUUGCCAAAGAUCAUGGAGUCUUUUGCAAAGGAUUCAGAUAUAUGUCCAGUUGGUUUGCUGCAGAUGGUUGAGGAGUUGAUACCUCAAUCUAUGAGGAAGAACAUUCAGCAAUCUUGUCACAGAAAACAUGGGAAAAAUAUUGAGUGGAUACCUCACAACUUUGCCUUCCAAUAUCUGCUUUCAAGAGAUCUAGUAAGCGAUGUUUCGCCUUAUUAGACCCCUGGAUCCUGAUCUAUAAUACAUUAUGCAAGUAUCUUUGUGGGUUAAUGACAGGUGAAUCAUGACCAAACAGGAUUAAUCUAUUUGUGUUUAGACUUGUUUGAUCAUCAAGCCUUCUUAGGAUAACAAAAAGUUGCAAUUUGGCUGAAAUUCCUAUUUGUAUUGGGGUUCAAUGUAACAAAUAGAGAGUGUGUGAAUUGUGUGAUGCCUCGAUCUCACAUCAUAUAGGAAAUGCAAUUGUGAGUUAGAGGUUUUGAGGGUUCGUCCUUCAUGUCAAAUUUGUUUUAGAU